CGGGGCUGCUGGCAGUCAUCAGCUCUGCCCGGAGCGGGCUGGGCCGUGCUGGGCUGGAAUGCAAAGAAGAUGCUCCAGCUGCUAAUCCCACCGUUGCUGGUGCUCAGGGGACUUGCUCAGGGGGAUCCAGCCUCCAGAUCCCCGGACCCCCUGCAUCCACCCAGCCGUCCCAGUGCAGUCCAAUGUGGCCACAGACCUGCCUUUUCAAACUCAUCGUCCUUAGACUUCCGUGAGCUCUUUGAGGUCCAGAAAGGCGAGUUCCCGUGGCAAACUGGACGUAGGCAUGGGAAAUGUCACCGUCGUCAUGGGCGGCAGGACGUCCAAGGACGCGGGCCUGGAGAGAAAGCAGGUGCGGAAGAUAGUCGUGCACCGAGAUUACCAGCCGCCCCGCCCAGACAGCGACCUGGCCCUGCUGCUGCUGGCCACGCCCGUGCAGUUCACCAGCUUCAAGAGGCCCAUCUGCCUGCGGAAGCAGGAGCGGAGCUGGGGCCGCUGCUGGAUGGCAGAGUGGGUGCGAGCGCGAGACCAACACGACUCACACAUCUACCUGCAGAAGCUGCGGCUGGUGCAGCUCCCCUGGAAAGAAUGCAGCAGGAGGGUGGAGCAGCUGUCCAGGAGCACGCUCUGUGCCUGGAAGGAACCAGGCACCAAAGGCCACGGCCAGUGAUGUGUGGCAGGGCAGAAAGCGACAAGUCCAAGAACACAGACGUGCUGCCCGUCGUGAGGGGCGAGCCGGCCGACAUCCUGGCGUUCCCGUGGCAGGUGAGCCUCCGCAUAGAAGGAAAACACAUCUGCGGGGGCUCCAUCCUCAGCGAGUGGUGGAUCCUGACCACGUCCCACUGCGUCAGGGACGUGACAUCCGCCCUGGAGAUUUCCUACAGUGGAGAAAAAGUUAACAAUGACAAGCUGAUGAAGAUAAAAGUGGUCAAGAUAAUCAGUCACCACAAUUUCAACAACUGGGUCCUUGACAACGACAUCGCGCUGCUCCUGGUCGAGUUCCCCAUGAGGCUGGGGGCCGCGAGCUUCCCCAUCUGCCUGUCAGAGGUCACGGACAUGAAACGAUGGGAGAACUGCUGGGUGACCGGAUGGGGCUGGACAGCUCCCCUGCAGAAGGUCAGCAUGGAGCUGGUCCCAUGGAAGAAGUGCUUCCCCGUGCUUCCCCUGAUCACCAAGAACAUGCUGUGUGCCCAGAAUUCCCACGGCAACAAGGACGCCUGCCAGGGCCUUCCCGAUCUCUCAUCUCCAAAGGGGAAGUACUGAGAUCUCCUACCACUGAGAACUGUCGCCAAAACUAAGUCAACACCCCAUGCGAAGUGCUUUGGAGGUGCAUGCAGAGCAUCGGGGGUCACCAGCAGCGUGAAGAUGUGGCUUUAUCGAUCACCACCUCGCUCACCUGUCCAGUGCCCAGAACUGCUCCUGCAGACACACAAGCGCACAUGAACUAGGCACACGACGGGCGAUGGAAAGACUAAGGCGCAGGGAAGCCGACCGCCUGGCAGAGGACCCGGCAGGGCGGCAAAUUACAGACCCAGAGUCUAACGGGCCUAGGUUUUGCAGCUAGAGAGCCAUCUGGGGUUCCGGUAGAAAGGGGGCUCCCCAUCUAGCAGUGCAGUCUGGCCAAGCCCAAGUUUGCUUGGAUGAACACCCACAAAAAUGAUGGGUGUUCAGGGCCCAGUGCUGCCCAGCUCAGUGACGGACGGCGGUGUCCG